AAAAGAAAUUUCGUUGGUGAACGAUCAUCAACACACAGUUGUCACAACAAGAAACACACAGAGUGAAAUGAGAAAACCGAGUGUAUAGACAGUGUAACGCAUUUUAUGUUGUUGUUUUCUCUUUUCUCAAGUGCAAAUCAAGUUGAUAUCGUUUUAUCGCACUGUUUGAAUGUAAACGAUUGUAAACAAAUAACAUCGGCAUUAUGUCGAAUAAAUUCAAUGGUUUUACUGUGGAUGAAAUUCACAAAAUCAGUUCAAAAUCCGAACAGGUUAAGCGACCAAAUGGAGGUGGAACUGUACGUAAACAUACGAUAAAAAAGCUGAAUGGUGACACCAAAACUGCCGAUCGAAUUGCCAGAAGUGAUAUCAAUCAAAAUAAUGCAUCUGAAGAUGCUACGUCAGCAAAUGACACAUCGAAUCUAUCCGAGUCAACGAUUCAGGCUCUACAAGAUGCACUGCAUUACAAACCCCUAUCGCAAACAACGCGUGGCACAAAUGAUGCCCAACAAGUCAGUCCAAUCGAUGCUACAACUGUAUAUGAUCACCGAACACAAAUUGCCGCCGAAAAUAAUAAAAAUAACAAUAAUGUGAGCAAAAGCAAUGACACCAAUAUAGAUGAUCCCUCACUGUUCCAAGGAAUCUCACUGAAGGACUUUGAAAAACACCACAAACUAAUGAAAGAAGCCAAUCUAGAGAAACGAAGACUCCUCAGUAAUGCAAUCGAACAACGUUUUGAACAGUCUAUUGCCGAAGCAACAAAAAUUGCCAAGAUUCGUGAAGAACUUGAUAAACUGGAUCAGGAGCUAGCAGCCGAUGUUGAAAUUCUUCGCAAAGAAAUUGAAGCCGUCACGCUACAAUAUACGGCAACAAGAGAAAACUAUCAUCAAAUUGAGUCACAGUUUUUAGCAGCAAAGCUAAAUUUACAUCAAAUUUCGGAGAAAAAGGAAAUGCUAACAGAGCAUUUGUGCACAAUUAUUUCGCAUAAUGAGGAUCGCAAAGCGAAAAAGCUAACGGAACUCCUAGACAAGGUUGGCCUAAAUUCUGGCAUCGAUUUUAGUAUUCAUAACAACACAAAUUGAAAUGUGCAACAAGUGCUUCCUAAAAUCUAACGAUUUAAUCUUUUCUAUUCUUUGCUCAACUCUCGACGAAGGCGGCAAAACUGACACUAUUUAAAUUCCAACGAAUUGUAGUUAAUUUAAUAGCAAUAACCAAAUACAUAUCGGUCAGCGUUUAAUAAUACAAUUUCAAAUACAUAUACAUAUAUAUAUAUAAUUUUUUUUUUUUUUAAAAGGUCGAUUCGAAAAUCCUCAUUUUAAUGUUUAAUAAUAAUGAUCGAAUAAAAAUCUCUCAAUUCACUUCUAA